GGCGGGCGGAGAUGAACGCGUCGGGACGGCUGCCGGCGGGGGGCGAGGAGGAGCCCCCCUCUGCCGCGCUGCUGCCGCUGGGCGGGAACGGCAGCGCCGCCGCGGGGCUGCGGGACGGCACCCAUACCGCCACCCUGGCGGCCUGCGCCUCGCUGCUGGCCCUCGUCUUCUGCCUGGGCUCCUACGGCAACCUCAUCGUCUUCUUGUCCUUCUUCGACCCGGCCCUCAGGAAAUUCAGGACCAACUUCGACUUCAUGAUCCUCAACCUCUCCUUCUGCGACCUGUUCAUCUGCGGGGUGGCCGCUCCCAUGUUCGCCUUCGUCCUCUUCUUCGACUCGGCCCGAGGCGUGCCGGCCACCUUCUGCUUCGCCUUCCACCUCACCAGCUCCGGCUUCAUCAUCAUGUCUCUGAAGACGGUGGCGGUGAUCGCCCUGCACCGCCUGCGCAUGGUGCUGGGCAAGCAGCCGCACCGCGCCGCGCCCUUCCCCUGCACGCUGCUGCUCACCUCGCUGCUCUGGGCCGCCAGCUUCACCCUGGCCACCAUGGCCACCUUGAGGACGCACGGCUCCCGUCUCUGCCUGCCCAUGUCCAGCUUCGCCCGCGGGGACGGGAAGGUCAUCCUCUACCUCUACGUCACCGACUUCAUCUGCUGCGUGGCCGUGGUGUCCGUCUCCUACGUCAUGAUCGCCCAGGCCCUGCGGAGGAACGCGCAGGUGAGGAAGUGCCCACCGGCGGUGGCCGUGGGCGCCUCCAGACCCCAGUCCUUCGUGGGGCCGCCGGCUGCCGGUGCUGGGCAGAACGCCUUGCCCGCCCUGUACAGGAACCAGGGCUCCGGCAAGCCGCAGCACGGCCAGGCUCACGGCUAUGCCAUGCACCUGGGCCAGCCGCCGGCUGCCGGCCGGCUGCAGCUCGUGUCGGCCGUCAACCUGUCCGCAGCCAAAGACUCCAGGGCGGUGGUGACGUGUGUCGUCAUCGUGCUUUCCGUCUUGGUGUGCUGCCUGCCCCUGGGCAUCUCUUUGGUGCAGGACAUGCUGUCCGGCAGCGGCGGCUUUGUGCUCUAUCAGUUUGAGCUGUGUGGAUUUACUCUCAUUUUUUUCAAAUCUGGAUUAAACCCUUUUAUAUAUUCCCGCAACAGCGCCGGACUUCGGAGACGAGCCCUGUGGUGCCUGCAGUACCUAUCCCUUGUUUUUUUCUGCUGCAAGCAGAAGACGAGGCUUCGAGCCAUGGGCAAAGGCAGCCUGGAAGUCAACAGGAACAAGUCAUCCCACCACGAGACCAAUUCAGCGUACGUGUUGUCUCCUAAACCUCAGAAAAAGUUUGUGGACCAAGCCUGUGGUCCCAGUCAUUCCAAGGAGAGCGUGCUGAGUCCCAAGGCAUCCUACGGACAUCAGCACUAUGGACAGAGCAGCUCAACCCCCAUGAACACCCGCAUCGAGCCCUACUACAGUAUCUACAACAGCAGCCCUUCCCAGGAAGCGAGCACCCCGAAUAGCUUACAGCCGGUGAACUCAACUUUUGGAUUCACCAAAUCCUACAUUGCCAUGCACUACCACACCACCACCGACCUGGUGCGAGACUGUAACACUGCUUCGACCAAGCCGAUACCCGUACCCUCAGUGUAACCUUGGGAAAGCAGGUCUGAUCUAGCUCAUUUUAGGGGAUGCCCGACACUGUUGGAGUUCUAAACUCAGUGGUAUUGCUGUACUGCUGCCAACUUAAAAAAAAAAACAACAGAAAACAGUAGUGUUAACAUCCGGCUACAUGCAUUUAAAGUGAAUACUAGAAUAUUACUUCCGUGGCUUUUUCUUGAAUUUCUCUGUCAAGUUAGAAAGGGCAACAUUUUAGGCUUGAAUUUGAAAUUGUUACUCGAUGACAUGUGAUUAAUUACAUCAUGGGGCAAAAUAUCUCAGAGAACAGUCUGAGGCUGUGCCAGGAGUGUUAUCUGUUGAAAUGCAUACUUGCCAUAUUUUCAGGAAGGAAGAGUUGCGAGGAUGCUUGGUAAUGCUUUGGUUUAAAUUUCCAUUUGCUGAAGGU